AUGUUUUCGGACGAUGAAUUCGAAUAUGAGUACGAUGACAACGAGACAGAGACAUUCUUCGUGGAUCUCGACCUCUCUACCUUAAAUUCCAGAACACGCGCAACCGUACCUGGGGGCCAGAAGCCAGCUGUCCCCGUCAAACCAGCAGCUGAUGACUCAGUCCCGCAAACACCCGACAGAUUCGAAAUAGCGCAGAGCCCACCAGGGAUCCCGGUCAAUGGCGAUGACGAUCUGGGAGCUCAGGACAAGCCCAAAAGAUCAGCCGUAGAAGGUGAUGAUGAUGAUACGUCCGCCUUUGGGAGAGAUAUCCAGAUCCUGGACUUUCCAUCGACAAAUCCGGUAGUUUCAUACAGGGGACAGGUAUACAGCUGCAUGUGGACAGAUAUGAUCGGCACCAACAUGUUCUUCACAAGCCCUGGCUCCAUGGACAGACCCCUAAGACGCACAGACGCGUACGACCUGGUCGGAAUAUCACGGAUCAAACUUGUUGCUGAACAUGCAAAAGUCGCCAAACAGCGCCCGACAGAUGGCAGCAAUGUAGGUGUCAAGCCGGCCAUGUCUGAACAUGUCUUGGAUGGUAGUAGCCUUGGGGACUUCCAUCGCUCAAGUCCAGUCAUAAACGCUCAAAUCAAGAAGCAAGCCUCCUUUCUAGAAAAGUUGAUGGACAUCAAACGGCAACGUGGAGAAAGAGACAUCGUGCGUGCUUAUGUCAACGAGGACACCGCCAUGGCAGGGGGCCUUGUACUUGAUGGAACUACGCGGGAUGAGCUGGAGACUUUGAGUCGGAAAGUACUCAACGGAGAUGGAAAUGCUCUUGCACAGCUUCAAGAGAUCUAUUCUCGACUAAAGGGACAAGACCAAAACCCCCAAGAAAACGCCCCGACACCUUCCAGUCAAGGCGACUGA